AGACGUAUUUCUGGCAAACCUUCAAAGACGCAGAGAAUUUUUGCAAAAUGAAUGGAGGACAUUUGACGUCUAUCCAUAGCUUCGAAGAAAAUGCUUUCGUAGCUGCUCUGGCGGAGACGGGAAUUAGGUGGGAGCAAUUUACGCAUCCGACUUGGAUAGGCCUGAAACAAGAAAAUGGUUCUAACCGCAAGUUUUGGACAUGGACAGACGGCACAAAAGUCGACUACCUGGCAUGGGCUCCAAAUCAGCCGGAUAACUUUGGUACAGGGGAGAGUUGCACGCAGAUCUUUGCUGACCGCUGUGUCAAUGAAAACACUUAUCCAUAUCAGAAAUGGAAUGACGUAUCCUGCACUACAAUGAUGAGGUCUUUUGUGUGCAAGAAAGCGGCUUUACACUAAAGCUCAACAUUUAUACGCGCUGUUUUGUAACUGAAAAACAAUGGAAAUAUCAAAUAUCAAUAAUGUUCUUUCGAAGGCAAAUCAAACAUGGGA